AUGGCCUAUAACUAUGCCAAGCUGGGUCAUCUCACCUCUUCCAAAAACCCCCAGUUUGACGUUAUUGUCGUCGUUUCAGGUUAUAAUGGCCUCAUUGCAGCAGCAUAUCUUGCCAAGGCUGGCAAAAAAGUUCUCGUUCUUGAGAAACAGUCCUAUCUAGGUGGUGGCGUUGCCUCUCUUGCCAUGGCGGAGGGAUUCACUAGCGAACGGCAUAGCGCCAUCCACCAAAUGAUCCUAGCCAAUCCCCUCAUCAGCAAGGAUGAAUUGCAUCUUGAGUCAGAGUUUGGUCUGCGCUACCUCCCACUGGAUCCGGCCUACGCAAUCAUCUUUGAGAAUGGAGUUCUCCCGCUCUAUCGUGACUUGAAACGCACAGUGGAUACGAUUGCCGAUUUCUCUAGCGAAGCUAAGGGCAGGAAUAAGGUUAUUAGUAGUUAA